CGCUUUCCAUAUUUCCGGGCUAAACCGGACUAAAACGGGUGACCCAUUAAUCCUUGACCCACUAGCUCAACCGGGUCCGGGUCAACCCGCGGGUUGAUAACCUUGCCUCAGACCAUUAUCUCUACUCCAUCUUCGUUUUUUUUUUUUUUUUCCGCUCCUCCACCUGGACCUGGUGUAGUAACGGCUUGGCCCCCCCUUAUGAUUGUAUUUUGGUUCUCUUAGCUUCCUCUUCUCUCUUUCUCUUUCCUUCAACCUCUUUACUCCUCUUGCCUUAUAAACACAUCUCUUUUCUUCACUUCUUCUUCUCCGCCGCGCCUCCUCCAUCUCCUCUCCUCGCCCAUCCUCCACAAAAUCCCUUCUCCAUCUCUUUAUUGUUUCAGUACUCCAUACAUGUCGAUACAAGUAGCGACAGAGGGUGCUCUCCUUUGGGGGAAUGAAAAAUGGGUUUCGACGGAUCCAAGUCGUGCUUCUAGCCAUAGUACUGAUCAAGAGAAACUGUCUGGGAAAACUACUAUCCCGAAUCUGCCAAUGAUCAACGCAUCAGUCUGCGCAGAAACCGAAAAGGGUACCUCCUCCAGCGUCGGUAAGAAGCGAGAGAGAGGAGAGCAGGCGAAGAAAACUGGAAAAGGAAAGGGACCGAAAGGAAAAACCAGCUGCGAAUCUGCAGACCAUGGGGUGCACAUAUGGACAGAGAGGGAGAGGAGGAAGAAGAUGAGGAACAUGUUCGCCAACCUUCAUUCCUUGCUCCCUCAACUUCCCCCCAAGGCUGACAAAUCCAGCAUAGUGGACGAAGCAGUGAGCUACAUCAAAACCUUACAGCAAACCCUUCACAAGCUUCAGCGACAGAAGCUGCAAAAGCUCCAACAGCCGCCGGCAACCACGGCUGGCGACGACGACAUGAUGAUGAUGGUGAUGUGUGACAACAAUGUUAGUGCCGCUAAUUGUUGUGGCAAUAAUAACAAUAAUGCAGCCGCGGUGUUCCAUACUUGGACCUCCACCAACCUUGUCCUUAACAUCUGCGGCGACGAGGCACAGUUCAACAUCUGCUCCCCGCCGCCGCCCGCCGCCAGCGGCACCAUCUUCACCGCCGCCUGCUAUGUGCUGGAGAAGCUUGGCAUCGAGGUUCUCUCGGCUCAUGUCUCUUCCAAUUCUGAUCGGCGGCUGCUCAUGAUUCAAGCGCGUCAUAAUCGUCCUGAGAAUAAUGGAGGUGGCCGUGACCAUGUUUUGGGAGCAGAUGAUCAGGAAAAUGUUGUUGUAGAGAUAUUCAAACAGGCUGCAGCUGAGAUGCUUUCUUACCUCUGUUCUUCACCCAAUAUAAUUAGUGAUUAUUAAUUAAUUCAGUAAUACCACCCAAUUUUUAGGGUUUCAUAUAAUUAGUGUCUUCGUUACUCUUUUUGGUGUCCAAUGUUAAUUUGGGUUUGCUCUAUCUAUUUUGGGGUGUUUCUGCCAAACAACUUUGUCAUAUAGAUAUUUGGGUUUUGUUCUGUACAGGAGAAGCAUGGAUCCAUCUCCUUCAUUUAUUAUGCACAUGUAUGUGUGUUUUGUAGGUUUGAUUGCGCCCCGUUGGAUCCGUUAGCUUUAUCUAUUUAAUGAAUACAUAAAGCGAAU